UUUGCAGGCGGCGCGGGGGCUUGUGGGAAGUGGAGUUUCCCUUCCCGCUCUGAAAAUGGCGUUCGUUCUGCCCAAGAGGGCGGGAGUCUCGCUGAAGCAGGUGAAGAGCGUCCUGGUCCAAUUCUGCCCUUUCGAGGCCAAGGUGGAAAGCACCAGAAAUUUCCUUCAGUGCCUGCAUGUAAAGAAAGCAUACACAUCCAAUGUCAACUGUGAUGUGAAAACAGAAAUAAAACAUGAUGGAUCUGAACCAGUAAUUGACAUCACAUUUGUUGACGGUGAGAGGCUGAUUAUGAAAGGAGCCAACUUAACAAUCAGAGAAAUGUUACAGGCGUUCAACUCUCGGUGUAUGGCUAAAGAACUUGUGUCACAAGAGAAGACUCAAAAAAAGAGUUCCUGAAACCAAACAAAUGAAUAGUUAGCAUGUAUAAUAUGAACACAUGAAAAAUGGCUUGCAAAUUCCUCAUUCUUGAUGACAAGGACUUUACCAAUAACUGAAGGAAACUUGGAGUGAAUGUGGUCAGAAGCCAGAGUGGUUCUGACACAUGAUUUCUAUGAAACUUUGGUUAAAGAUAAAACUAAUGUAGUUAUUAUUCAAACAUCCAGUGGCUUCAAUUGGGAAAAGAGCUCAAUAUAUUAAAUUCUGUUUGUCCCAGUGAGUUGAUCAACUUCUUUAUUUGUCCACACAAAUAUUAAUUAUUAAGAAGAAUUUAUUAAUCUAGGCUACAGAUAAGGCCUAACAGAGAACUGAUCCCCCCAAAUACUAUACGUUGUAUGUGCAAUAUGUUAUCUUGAAAUAAACUCUGAUUGAAAUCUUCAUAA